CUCCUGGUUUCUCGGAGUCGAAGAAAGUGCGAGCGGGUAAAGUUUAUUGAAAAGAAAGUAAAAUUAAAAGGAAACUUUACUACAAGUUCGGUUUGAAUUCCGCGGAGCAGCAAAACUUGUUUCCCACCUCCCUCCGUUUUGAUUUUUGUAUUUUUUUGUGUGUGAGGAGCUUUUUUUUGCAAAGAAGUGACCUCACUCCCUCCUUCCCCCCCGCCCCCCUUACCCCGGCGUCUGCUCGGCAAGGCUGUGUGAAUAAACCAUGGUGUACGCGCUGUGUGUGCUGGCCGUGGCGGCGGUGAGUGUCAAGUUAGCCGCCUCUCUGGGACCUGUCGUCCGCUGCGAGCCGUGCGACGCCCGGGCCCUGGCGCAAUGCAAACCGCUGCAGGGAGACUGCCAGCCGGUCAGGGAGCCGGGCUGCGGCUGCUGCAUGACCUGUGCCCUCCGCCAGGGGCAGCAGUGCGGCGUGUACACGGAGCGCUGCGCCUCCGGCUUCACCUGUCUGCCCCAGGCGGGAGAGAGCAGACCAUUACAGGCUUUGUUGGAAGGCAGGGGGCUCUGCACUAACCAGACGGCGAAACUCCGCGUCCUGACCGCUGCAGGGAGCACCAACCGUUCAGAGGAAGAAAGGAAUGCCAGUAACUCCGGUAAUGAGUGGAGUCCCAACACACACCGAAUGCAAGAAAGUAAAACUCACCAGCAGCACAAUAAGCUGCUGCAGAAAGAAGUAUCAAAGAAAUCCCAGCUGUACAAAAUAAAUAAUGAAGCAGAGAACACUGAAACGACCAACUUUUCUUCAGAAAUAAAACAUGACACGGAAUAUGUGAGUGAGCAGUGGGUCCUUUUAAAUGGUCCUUGUCGAAGAGAAAUGGAAGACAUCCUAAAUAACCUGAAAGCUGUAUCUGUUCUCAGCCCCAGAGGUGUAUACAUUCCAAAUUGUGACAAGAAGGGCUUCUACAAGAAAAAACAGUGCCGAUCUUCGAAAGGGAGGAGGCGAGGCUUCUGUUGGUGUGUGGAUAAAUAUGGCACUCAGCUGCCUAGCUAUGAGAGAAUUGGAGAAUUGCGCUGUUAUAGCUUUGAGAGUAAGUGAGGAAGCCUGCAGCUCCUGUGGACUCUGUAUGUAUGUGAGAGAGAGAGAGAGAGAAAGAGAAUGAGCAAGAGACACUGAUCAAUCUGAGACCUCAGAGCAACUGGCAGUAGGCAUGGACUGCCUGUGUUCUAGAGCUGUGAGUUCUGCUACCAGCUUAGAUUGGGAAAGGGGGCUUUCUUCAGCCCAGGUGAUGCAGCUCUAUCCUGCCACAUAUCCUUCCAGCUCCCUGAAAGAGUGGGAGUUUUUUUAAUUCCCAAGAAAUCUGCACUACAGUUCCCAAGGAAAAAGGCACUUCGGAAAGGAAUCAGGGAAUCUCCACUUGACUAUUUAAAAACUGCCUGUGACCAAUUUGAUCCUGACAGACUUUGUGCUCUUAUGUAAAAAUAUUAGUGUAUGUUACUACAUAUUUUGAAAUGUCUUGUUCUGCAGGUCUGAAACAGGAACCUAGCCUUCACGGGUAAAACUUUCUAUAAAAUUUAAAAAGGACUUUUGUUCUUUAAAAAAAGCUUUCAUGUUACUAAAAAGUCAUAUGAUUAUUUUUCCUUAAAUGAAAUGAAUAUUCUGUUAGAAUAUGGUCUGUAUUUAAUAUAAUUAUGUUUUUUAAUAAACAUUAUUUAAACCGAA